AUGCUUGUAUUAGACCCAGAGGCUCCCGGGCAGCGCUGGCCAAUCCGCGCCCGCGAUUGGCUGAGAGCGGCGCGGCCCCGCCCCCGCCAUGGCGGAGGGCGGAGGACGCGAGGCUGCGGCGCGGAGCGCGGUUCCGGGCCGAGGCUCCUUGGCUGCGGGGUGUGCGCGCCGCGUCCCGGCCGGCACCGAGUCGGGGGUCCCCCAUGCGCUCAUGCCAUGGCGCGCCUGGGCGCCGUGCGCUCCCACUACUGCGCGCUGCUGCUGGCCGCGGCGCUGGCGGUCUGCGCCUUCUACUACCUGGGCUCGGGCCGGGAGACCUUCUCCAGCGCCACCAAAAGGCUGAAGGAGGCCCGCGCCGGGCUCCCCGCCGUGCCCUCGCCGCCUGCGCCCGAGCUGACCCGGGGCUCUGUGGCACCGGCCCUGGUCGCCAAGGCCAAGAGCCUGGAGGGUGGCGGCGUCGGGCAGGUAGACUACCACCUGCUGAUGAUGUUCACCAAGGCCGAGCACAACGCGGGGCUGCAGGCCAAGGCCCGCGUCGCGCUGAGCUCGCUGCUGCGCCUCGCCAAGUUCGAGGCGCACGAGGUCCUUAACCUGCACUUCGUGAGCGAGGAGGCCAGCCGAGACGUGGCCAAGGCCCUGCUGCGGGAGCUCCUGCCGCCCGCCGCCGGCUUCAAGUGCAAGGUCAUCUUCCACGACGUGGCUGUGCUCACAGACAAGCUCUUCCCAGUCGUGGAGGCCAUGCAGAAGCACUUCAGUGCUGGCUCAGGGACCUACUACAGCGACUCCAUCUUCUUCCUCUCGGUUGCCAUGCAUCAGAUCAUGCCCAAAGACAUCCCGCGGAUCAUUCAGCUGGACCUUGACCUGAAGUUUAAGACCAACAUCCGUGAGUUGUUUGAGGAGUUUGACAGUUUCCUGCCAGGCGCAGUCAUCGGCAUAGCUAGAGAGAUGCAGCCCGUGUACAGGCACACGUUCUGGCAGUUUCGCAACGAGAACCCCAAGACCAGGGUCGGUGACCCUCCUCCCGAGGGGCUCCCCGGCUUCAACAGUGGGGUGAUGCUGUUGAACCUGGAGGCCAUGCGCCAGUCCGCACUCUACAGCCGCCUGCUGGAGCCCGCCCGCGUGCAGCAGCUCACUGACAAGUACCACUUCCGCGGCCACCUCGGGGACCAGGACUUCUUCACCAUGAUUGGCAUGGAGCACCCGGAGCUCUUCCACGUGCUGGACUGCACCUGGAACCGGCAGCUGUGCACCUGGUGGAGGGACCAUGGCUACAGCGACGUCUUCCAGGCCUACUUCCGCUGCGAGGGCCACGUCAAGAUCUACCACGGGAACUGCAACACCUCUAUCCCCGAGGACGACUAAGCGCCGGCCCCCCUGCCAAGCCCUGGGGCCUCCGGGCUGAAGAAGGAGGGGACACCGCGCCGGGAGCCACGUACCAUGGGCCUCCCCGCUGGUCACUACGCAAAGCACUGCUGGUGCUCAGCCUUUUUUCCUUCCGGAUGCCAGGCGGGCUUCAUGAAGGACAGACACAUGGACAUCUUCCUGUACACUGAGAAACAGCAUUUGGAGAGAAGGAAGGAAAUGGCAUCCAUGCCCAAAGGAAUCAAAAUCUUUCUAAAGAACUUGCUUUCCUUAGACCAAAUAUAGGUUUCAUUUAGAUGGCUUCUUCUGUUUUGUGAGAAAGAGCAAACAACCCCAGUUGCUGCUAGUGAGCCGAACGAGUGAGGCAGGGCUCUGCCAUGCAGAUCAGAGUCUCAGACUCCAAAGGAAUGCCAGCCUUCCACAUUCUCAUCCAAGAGGUCAUCCACCCCCUCCCGGGAUGUUCAUGUUGCUUGGUGUGGGCUUCAAGAGUGCCAUCUCUCUAGAGAAGGCCUACUGGGCCGACCGGGACCCACAUAAGUCUCCUUACUGUAGCACCCGUAGCUGUCACCUUCUGGUUACGUCACAGCGUGCCGCUUUCCCGUAUUGUCCAAGCCCACUCCAGGUGGCCUGUCCGUACUAAGGAAUGAAGUCCACCAUCAAAGAACAAAGAUUGGCCAUGCCAAGAAGACAUGUAAGAACUGUUCAUGUUGGUAAGCCUCACUCCAAAGAGCAACCCAGAAGUUCAUGAAUUCUUGGAGAAGAUAAGGCUCCUAGCCUUAUCAUCAUUCUAAUCUGCUUUAAAAAACGUACUUUUUUAUUGCAAGGUGCCAGGUCCUGUACCUUCACAGAGAUGAGUGCCAUUUCUGUGUUUCUUCUUGUGCUGCUGCGAGCAGGCUGCGAACAUGAAGCCCCUGUUGGUCCGUGACAGAGUCCAGCAGACGCCUUCAGGCGAGAAAUGUGGAAUUUCCAUUUUACUUCAUUUACUCUUUCAUUUCUUUUUACAGUGAGAGAGAAUAGCUAAUAAAUAAUCUUUGUGGACA